CACAUGAGUAAAACGGUCCCUGCCGUCCGCCAUUUUUGCGAGAGCCUGGAAAUUUGUACAGAACGCUGAUUUCAGCUAAAUUGAGGGUUUAGUUCAAAUUUUCAGAUUCAGAAAAUGGAUAAGGACGAGUUGGUGCAAAGGGCCAAGCUGGCCGAGCAGGCCGAAAGGUACGACGACAUGGCAGCAGCAAUGAAAUCAGUAACAGAAACAGGCGUGGAGCUCAGCAACGAAGAGAGGAACUUGCUGUCUGUAGCUUACAAAAAUGUCGUCGGGGCAAGGCGAAGUUCGUGGAGGGUAAUAUCAAGUAUCGAACAGAAAACAGAAGGAAGUGAGAAGAAACAACAGAUGGCCAGAGAAUACAGAGAAAAGGUGGAAAAAGAAUUACGGGAUAUCUGUUACGAUGUGCUGAAUUUGCUAGACCAAUACUUGAUUUCAAAAGCCAGUAAUGCAGAAAGUAAAGUGUUCUACCUUAAGAUGAAGGGUGAUUACUACAGGUAUCUAGCAGAAGUAGCCACAGGGGAUUCAAGAACGAGUAUUAUAGAAGAUUCACAGAAAGCAUACCAAGAUGCAUUUGAUAUUGCCAAAAAAUUGAUGCAGCCAACACAUCCAAUCCGGUUGGGCUUGGCACUCAACUUCUCAGUAUUUUACUAUGAAAUUUUGAAUGCGCCAGAACGUGCCUGCCACUUGGCAAAGCAGGCAUUCGAUGAUGCAAUCGCUGAGCUCGACACAUUGAACGAAGACUCCUACAAAGACAGUACCCUUAUCAUGCAGUUGCUCAGAGAUAACCUCACAUUGUGGACAUCUGAUGCAGCUGGAGAGGGAGAUGAAGGAGGCGAGGGAGGCGACAACUGAUCCAAGCCUUGCGCAGAUUGUUAAUUAUUGUAAUUUGCCAUCUUGCAUCUAGCAUAAAAUGAGCAAGGAAUAUUGUGUACAACAUAAUCAUUGUCUUCUAGCGUUGUGUCCAGUACAGUCGGCAGGGGGAGGGGGGAGGAAUGCAUUUGCUCCGUGCCCAGCAGUUUGCAUGUUGUUCAUGAUCAGCCACUUGCUAUCGAGGUCCAAGCUGUACAGAGUUUAUAGCAUAGGUUACCAGCCACCUUCGUGAAUGGACAAGAACGGAGCAAGUAUUCCUUCAGUCAUCAUUCAUGCAGAAUUCCCAAUUACCACGUAUGGUCGACACCAGUGUGCAUACCAACUAGUGCUCUAAAGCUGGACAUGGCCAUCUUGUACGAGAAAAUUACUAUAAUUUUUUUGUGGGGAAAAUUCCAGAAUUUGUAACAUUUUCCGGAGUUAAACUUGCGUUUCCUACGUACCUGCUUACAGGGUGUAUUGUUUUGCAAGAAUACUCCGACCGUUAAGGUUUGUAGCAGGAGCUGGUUUUUUGUCCACAGCUAAAUUGAGGUGCUUAAGUGAGAGCAAGAGCUGCAGUAUUUGCAGAAAGUCCUAUAGGAAUCAGGGUGCCGUGGUUGCCCUAUUACUGCCUGGUGUUGUUAUUUGUUUAGUUUUGUAAAAGUUUAUUUUCAAAUAGUCCAAAGCAGCUACGUUGGCAAUAUUUCUGAAUCCUUGUUCAUAAUGUAAGGCUUGUUUACUAUUUAUAAUGUAGUUUAUAUUUUAACAUUUGCUUUUAGCAUGAUGGAGGUCGAAGACACCGCUGACUUGCUUUUUGAAUUCUUGGAAAUGCACUGCCGGCAACAAAUGGCCCCAUAGAGGCGAAGUCAUCGCAUAAAAGCAACAAUAAAUUUAGGCUUGAAAUUUUUGUAGACCCUUCCACGACAUGAAGUAAAUACAUCCCGUAUUACGUACCGAGAAAAGUUCUUGAGCAGUUAGAAAUACAAGACAAUUUGAAGGCAAUGCAAUGAAAUAAUGAAUUCAGAGGAGUUAACGUGUCAGGAUCAGGAAACUUUGUAUGUACGUAGCUGAUUAUAGCUUUUGUAGCCACUGUAAAAUAUGUCAAGAGAUACACCGUAGGUUUCGUGCUUUUUGUACAGUGUGUAUGAAAUGAUUGGGUUCGAUAAAAGAAAGGUAGUUUGGAGCAGAACACAACAGCAUGCUUUAUUAAUUAAUACCCCGUCUGGUUGUGCAUUUUAUUAACAUCGCCAAAAUGUUUUGCAUCACUGGAUUUUUCGUUGACGUGUGACAGACAGUAGUUCCUGGCUUAGUUGGGAGGUUCAGCAGCUUGUUUUCGUCUAGGCUGAAUAGUAGUGGUUGUAGUACACUUGUUCAUUUGACCCUGUUGUGUGAUAGUGAGUUCCAGCUGUGUGACUAUGUAAAAUUCUGCCAGGUUAUGGUAGUAGCGCACACGCAGUUUCUGUCAUGUGGCGCUCAAUAGUUUCUCGAAAUUAUGGCCUGUUGGAAAUCCUGUACCGAGAUGCCCUUCUCUUCGCAUUCAGAUUUUAUAAUUUGCCAUGUACAGCAACAUGGUGUAGAGGAAAUAAAACAGAUACUUCAUGUAUAUGUACCCUCGA